AUGGAAAAGACCAACGGUGAUCAGCACAGCCACAAGCGCCACCUUGACGAUGAGAGCAAUUCUGAAUCCAAGAGGGUGAAGACGGACACCCAGGAUGGUGAGCAGAGUGGCCCAAUCAAUACAGACAAACCUCAGGCGACUGAGCCCAAGGUAACUUCCGAACUCAACGGCGAGGAUGGUGAUGCGACGGCGAAUGCCCUGCCCAAGGGCACAGCCCCCGUCAAGCAAGAGUAUCUGAUCAAGGCUGCCAACCGUGUGGUGGAGGGAGACGGCGAGGUCGACGAUGAUGCUGCAGAGGCCAAGACGACCGACCCUCGAGAUCGUGGUCGGGAUACUGGCAACGAGAGAGGCAGCAAGAAGCAAAAGAAGCAGCGUGGAGUCAACGAGAAGCGUGACUUUGGCCGCUCCCAAGACGUCAAGGGCCUAUGUCACUCGCGUGCCUUCACCAACGAGAACUCUCCCCGCGAGUGCAAGUUCGACCAGGAUGGCCGCCGCUGUAAUCUUCAUCACAACCUGCGCGAGUACCUUGCAGAGGGCCGGCGGCCUGACCUUGAGGUGCUUGACGGGAAGUGCCCACUUUUUGAGGUGUCUGGAGACUGCCCGAUGGGGUGGAAGUGUCUGUUUGUCAGGUCCCACUCGACAGAGCUAACACAUCCAGAUGGCCCAAAGGAGCUGGUAUUGAUCAAGGAUGCUGAGCGCAAGAAGGCGACCAUGGGCGAGGAGGACGGUUUUCCUGGUGUCGUCAACAACGUGCCGACCCAGAGAAAAAUCGAGCUGUCCAGAAAGAGAUACGACUUCUCAAAAUCGCAGGCGUAUGUGGAUUGGCUGGAGAAGGAUACCGGCCUCAUGCGCAAAGUCUUCAACACCAAGCAGGAGGACGGAGGAGGGAAAACACAAGACCAAAAGGUCCAAGAAUAUCGUGCCGAGUUUAUUGAGCCACCUUUCAAGCCAUCGGAAAAGCGACGGGUCUACUUUGGCCGUGAGACCCCAGUACUCGCACCACUCACCACCCAGGGCAAUCUGCCCUUCCGCCGGCUGUGUGUCGAGCUCGGGGCGGGGCUGACGUACUCGGAGAUGGCGGUUGGCCUGCACACCCUGCAAGGGCAAAAGCACGAAUGGGCACUGCUGAAGGCCCACGAGUCUGAAGCCAGACCCCCACGGUUCGAAAACCCCAGCGCCGCGCCCCCUGGCUAUGACAACGCGCGAGACCUCAAGUUUGCCGCACAGAUCGCCGCCAACCAGCCAUGGGUUGCCCUCAAGACCACGCAGGCCCUCGCCGAGUCUCUCCCCCACCUCCGGCUCGUCGACCUCAACUGCGGCUGCCCCAUCGACAUGGUCUUCAAACAGGGCGCGGGCUCGGCACUCCUCGACGCGCCCGCCAAGCUGGAGCGCAUGAUUCGCGGCAUGAACGCCGUCUCGGGCGAGGUGCCCAUCACAUGCAAGCUGCGACUGGGUGUCAAGGACGGCAAGCCGACGGCACAAAAGACCAUCGAGCGGCUCGCAUUUGGUGAAUCUGACGCCAGCAGUGCGCUCGGCGCCCCCGGCUGCGCGGCCAUCACCCUGCACGGCCGGUCCCGCCAGCAGCGCUACCGCUCUGCUGCGGACUGGAACUACAUUGCCAACUGCGCGGCCAUGAUCCAGCAGUACAAGGAGGAGAAGGCCGCGCGCACAGAUACCGUCCGUGAGCCCGACGCCAGCACGUUAGCAAACGGCGAGAAGAUGUUCUUCAUCGGCAACGGCGACUGCUAUUCGCACGUGGACUACUUCGACCACGUCGACAACGCCCGUGUGGACACGGUCAUGAUCGCCCGCGGCGCGCUGAUCAAGCCCUGGAUCUUUGAGGAGAUCGAGAAGGGCCAGUACCUGGACAAGUCGGCCAGCGAGCGCCUGUCGUAUGUGGAAAAGUUUGCCCGCUACGGCAUCGAGUGCUGGGGCAGCGAUGAGAUGGGCAUCGGUGCGACGCGCAAGUUCCUGCUCGAGUACCUCAGCUUCACCCACCGUUAUGUCCCCAUCGGCGUGCUCGAGCACCUCCCGCCCAAAAUCAACGACCGUCCGCCUGCGUACCGGGGGCGAGAUGACCUCGAAACCCUCCUUGCAAGUAACAACUACAAAGACUGGAUCAAGAUCAGCGAGAUGUUCCUGGGUCCCGCGCCGGGCGGCUUCAAGUUCGAGCCCAAGCACAAGUCGAAUGCAUACGAGGUUGAGGCUGAGGGUUAA